AUGGUUGGGUUUGACUCUGUUGACGACGAGUCGAGGGUCUCUAAGUACACAAUGGAGGGUGGAGAACUACCCGCUCCCUCCGAUUGGACAAGCUCUAGCAACCCACCGUAUUCUUACUGGAUAUUUUACAUGUAUGCUAACAUUCGCGCGCUGAACUUGUUUCUCGAAGCCAGGAAUAUGAGGCCUCUCAGCUUCAGGCCCCACUGUGGAGAGGCGGGAAGCACAAGUCACUUGGCAGCAGCCUUCCUCCUAGCUGACGGAAUAAACCACGGAAUUUUGCUGAAAGGGGCCCCAGUGUUGGAAUAUAUGUUUUAUCUCAAACAAAUCGGCAUUGCGGUGUCCCCCCUUUCGAACAACGCCCUGUUCAUGGACAUAACAAAGAACCCCCUGUAUUCUUUCUUCAAGAUAGGAUUAAACGUGUCUUUAUCUACUGACGACCCGCUGAUGUUCCAUUUUACCGACGAACCCCUCCUAGAAGAAUAUUCGAUCGCAGCAGUCAGCAUGGCUUGA